AUGGCGGACGUGGCUGGACAUGCAAUCCCGUCCAUCGACAUGAUCAACGCCACCUCCAAGCUUCAGCUUGAAGCCGCGGAGGUUCGCGCCAACAAACCGAACUGGGGCUCGUAUCUUCGGUCGCAGAUGAUCCCCCAGGACGACUACAAUUUCAUCGUCGCCUAUGAGGGAUCUAAGUCCAAAGCCGAACGUGACGCCGUCCUUGCCGCCAACGGCGAAAACGGACAGGCCGUCCGCACUUUUGUCAGCCUGAUCAGCAACGUGGCCAAAGAUCAGAAUGUGCGCUACGUGCUGACGCUUUUGGAUGAUAUGCUCCAGGAAGACAAAAGCCGUGUCGAACUCUUCCACGAUGCUGCCAAGAAACAAAAGAAGAAUGCGUGGCAAUGGUUCUUGGGUAUCCUGCAACGCCAGGAUAACUUCAUCGUUAACCAGAUGAGCUCGGUCAUCGCCAAGCUGGCUUGCUAUGGCAGCACCCUGAUGGAUGGAUCUGACCUCAGCUUCUAUUUCUCUUUCCUUCAGGAUCAACUGAAAAAUGUUCAGGUCAUCCGUAUCAUCCUCGCCACCUUCCGCAACAUCCUCGAGAAGGCUGGAGAACACGGCGAGCGCGAAAUCGUGCGCGAGGCAGCCCUCCAGAUGGUGCAGUGCAAGACACUGAAGACCCUGGAGCUGAUGGACUCCAAGAAGUUCGAUGAUCCGGACCUUGAGGAGGAUAUCGAAUACCUCAACGAAAAGCUCCACCUCUCUGUCCAGGAUCUGUCGUCUUUCGAUGAAUACGUUGGCGAGGUCAAGUCCGGGCGCCUGCAGUGGUCUCCGGUGCACAAGUCGGACAAGUUCUGGCGUGAGAAUGCCGAGCGUUUCAACGAUAAGCGAUGGGAUAUUGUCAAGACUUUGAUACGUCUAUUGGAGACCGCUUCGGAUGUUUUGACGCUUUGCGUUGCUGCUCAUGAUAUUGGAGAAUACGUCCGACACUACCCUCGUGGGAAGACCUUUGUCGAACAGAACAACGGCAAGUCCGCAGUGAUGAAGCUCCUUUCCGCCGAAGACCCGAACGUCCGGUACCACGCCCUCCUGGCCAUCCAGAAGUUGAUGGUCCACAACUGGGAAUACCUCGGCAAACAACUCCAGAAGGACGCCCCAGAAAGUGUCACUGCCAAG